UGUUUAUCAAGACAAAUUUCAAAAGUUGGAAGAAAGGUUUUUACUUGCUGUAAAUGAGAGAAAAAGAAAUCUUUUGAUCGUCUGAUGACUCUUCCACUUUCCAGUCCAUGCAAAAAUAACGCUCCCACUUUCUAGUCUCUCCGUGUUCCUGUGAGUCUCUGAUGGCCAUGGCUGCCAAAGAAGAAGGAGAAGAGAAAUGGGUGAAACAUUACUCAUCAACCCAUCAAAUUCUUCUAGUGGGUGAAGGAGAUUUCUCAUUCUCUUUGUGUUUAGCCCUUUCCUUUGGCUCUCCUUCCAACAUCUGCGCCUCUUCUCUUGAUUUGUAUGAUAUGUUGAUCAGCAAAUACAAGAAAGCAAAAUCAAAUUUGCAAACUCUAGAGAAGCUGGGAGCAUGCAUUUUACAUGGUGUGGAUGCAACCAAAAUGAAGCUUCAUCCUCAUUUGCAAAUGAGGAAGUUUGAUCGAAUCAUCUUCAACUUUCCUCAUGCAGGCUUUCAUGGAAAGGAAGAAAAUGUGCUUAUGAUUAAGAUGCAUCGGAGUCUUGUGCAGGGUUUUUUCAGAAAUGCAAGCUGCAUGCUGAGGGCUGGUGGUGAAGUUCACGUAAGCCACAAAACAACUGGUCCAUUUUGCAGCUGGAAUCUUGAGGAACUUGCUUGUAGAAACUCCCUGUUAUUAAUCGAGUGUGUCAGUUUUAAGAUUGAAGAUUACCCUGGUUAUAACAAUAAAAGAGGAGAUGGUAAGAGAUGUGAUGUGUCCUUUCCCUUGGGAGAAUGCAGUAUAUUCAAGUUUAGAUUCUCUCCCCCUGUGAAGAAGUCUAGAAGGGCAAGGAAGAAGAAAAUUGCCAACAAAAGUCCUCAGCAACUUCAAGAGAUACCAAUCCAUAUGCAGAAACAGGAAAGUUCAUUUGAUGUGAGAUGUUUUCAUACAAAUUUAACCAUAGAUAUGAAUAGAUUUCCAGGCCAUGUGGAGGCACCUUUAAUGACAAAUAUAGGAAGAGAGUAUGGUUGGUUUAAUAUGGCAAGGGAGAGAUUGGCAAGAGCUCCUAAUGGUGUGGACUAUUUUGUUCAGGAACCGCAUAGGUUUGACAGUUUUAGACAUCCUCUCACAAAUUUCAACAGAAAUAUGAAUGACCAACAUAAAAGUGCAAGGAUCUCUAGCAAUUGCUUCCAUAAUUUCAGGGAGACACUUGGAAGAGCUGGUCAUAGAGUGGACUAUAUGGUUUAUGGAUCACUUUUUUCUGGCUUGGAAAGAUAUGUGGAAGAAGCAGCUGAAAGAACCUUAAAUGGUUGUGCAUAUAUGGAUGAACUUCACCUUUCAAAUGGUGUGGACUAUUUUGUUCAAGAACCACAUAGGUUUGACUAUUUUAGACAUCCUCACACAAAUAUAAAUGGGAACAUGAAUGACCAACAAGAAAGUGCAAGGAUCUCCAGCAGUUGCUUCAAUAAUUUCAGGGAGACAAUUGGAAGAGUUGGUCAUGGAGUAGACUACACUGUUCAUGGAUCACUUUCUUCUGUCUUGGAAAGGUAUAUGGUAGAAGCACCUGAAAGAACCUUAAAUGGUUGUGCAUAUUUGGAUGAACUUCGCCAUUUAAAUGGUGUGGACUAUUUUGUUCAGGAACCACAUAGGUUUGACAAUCGUAGACAUACUCACACAAGUAUCAAUGGAAACAUGAAUGACCAACAAGAAGGUGCAAGGAUCUUUAGCAGUUGCUUCAAUAAUUUCAAGGAGACACUUGGAAGAGCUGGUCAUAGAGUGGACUACACAUUUCAUGGACCACUUUUUUCCAGCUUGGAAAGGUAUAUGGAAGAAGCACCAGAAAGAACCAUAAAUGGUUAUGCACAUACAGAUGAAUUUCGCCAUUCAAACAGUUUGAGAUCAGCAUGGCUGCAGAGCAUGGUGGUGGGUUCAAGCAGUAUGCAAUCAAUGCAGCUGUGAAGCAUGGUGUUGGAGUAUGGAAAUCAAGGUUAAGGGCUGCUGAUUAGUAAUAUACAUUUUUGGCUUGCAUACCUUUUUGCAAUAUGCCAGUUUUGCAUGAAUUUAGUGAUACAAGGUAGAAAAUAUACUUUUGCCUUUGUUUCGUCCAAGAAUUUCAAGUAUGUGGUGUGUUUUGUAUAGUUUCGAUAUGCUAGGCAGUGAUUAAGCAGCUAUAACAUGAUUCCUGGGGUUGAAUUGGUUCAAAUGGUUACAUAAUAUUGAGGUUUUGUGGAAUUGUGGCUUUUAUAAUGACGAAUUCUGCAUAUUUACAGGUUAA